AGGAGAUAGAAGCCACACUCCAGAGCUAUUGAAGACGCUAUUGAGGAAUCAGUGGUUCCUAAAGAAGUAUCAACUAAAGAUUCAGCAGUUCACCUUCCAUCUUUCCAGGAUUUUAUAGGUCGAGGUUGGAGUUUAGCUGUCCUGUCUGUCUGCCUGCUUGGUAUACUGAUGUCCCUUUGGAUGCUGGUUUAUGUAAACUUUAAACUAUGUGAUAGAACACUGUCAGGGAACCAGAGUAUGGGCUUGUUGUUGCUGUUGGGGAAUACUGUUGUAUUUGGUUGUUGUGUUCCCUGGAUUCUGCCUCCAUCCUAUACUAUCUGUGCCAUCAGAUAUUUUCUGCAUCCCCUGGCUCUCUGUCUCUGUUUUGGACUUCUCCUCAUGAAAGUUAUGCAGCUGCGGUCCUUAGUUUCAGUAGGAAUAGGAGGCAAAAUACCACAGGUGAACCAGCUCCUGUCCCUCUUCUUCAUCGUGAUGGUGCAGGUCGUCAUCAACAGCGAGUGGUUCAUCAUCAAUAUGCCCCUCACCACCACUUCUACCCUGGGAUACCCACACUGUGCUGUCCCAAAGGAGACCUUCCUGCUCCUUCAUAUAUAUCCUGCACUUCUCCUCAUUCUCGUCUUCCUCUAUUCUAUCUCCGUCUUUAGGAUAAAGAGGAAUUAUAACGAGGGAAGAUGGGUGCUCUGCGCCACCUCUCUAAUCAUCCCAAUCUUCCUAGCCUGGGGUCUAGUGUACUACUAUGCCGGCCAGGAGUAUGAAGAUGCUGCUGUAUCUGUUGCUCUGGUUCUCAUAGGACUGGUUAUCCUAGCCACAGUGUUCCUUCCUAAAAUGCACACCAUUGUUCAACAGAGCAAGUUCAGAAAGCUGAAGCUAAAAACUGGUUCUGAGAGUACAAUGUACACAACGUACAGUGACUACCCCGGAAUGUUCUAUCCAAUGCCGGGAUACGCCCCGCCGUACACGGUGAACCCAAACAAGUACAUAAUAAACCCACCUGUGUACUCAUACCGUUUCAACGGUCUGAACUACCUGACCCACCCGACUACAGCAGCGGCGGCAAGCUGGGUCGACUGGUCACGUGAUCACUCUCCCGGUCUUUACCAUUCUUCUCAGCUAAGUCAGCAUCCCCAUCACAUGAGACGUACAACAAACAAAAGUUCUAACAGAAAAUCAAAAUCUCCAGUCCUGGCGGCCACCUUACAGAAACACAUGAAGAGGUCGCCCAAACAGUGUAUUUCUAAGUCAAGUAAAUUAUCAGGAAAAUCCUACAAAGAUGGACUACUAUUGUGCACAAAUGGACUUGAGAGUCCAUAUUAUGAUGAUAACGCGAGAGUGUAUCAUGUUACACCUUAAACAAUGUUUUGUAUAAAUGUGUUUAAAAUUAAGUGGAUCGGAGUGCUGAAAAUGUGAUUUCAUGCCAGCUUUGGUAGUCCCAAAAUUAUGUAGGAAUUGAAUAUUUUUUAUAUAAAAAAAUAUAACCUUUUUUCAGGACACA